CAGACGACGGACUCUUGUUGCCAUAGGAACACAUGACCUUGACACUAUUGAAGGACCUUUCAGUUACGAGGCGGUGCCCCCGUCACAGAUUAAGUUCAAACCCCUGGGACAAAAGCAAGAGUACACAGCAGUGGAGCUGAUGGAGCUGUACUCUGUGAGUUAGGAUAUUUUGUGUUGUUUGAUGGUCAUUGCAUGGCCAGGGGUCAGUGGUUACUUUAGUCUGAUAAUGGCCUCGUCAUCAAUGUUUGUUUGCACAUCAGUCCAGUAAUAUUUCACAUCUGUUCAGUAUCAGUGCUCAUCCAUUCAGUAACAGUGCACAUCCAUUCAGUAACAGUUGCAUUACUUUGUUUUGUUGUUUGACAGGGAGAGAGUCACCUCAGACCUUACCUCCAUAUCAUAAAAGACAAGCCAGUGUAUCCUGUCAUAUAUGACAAGAACAGGGUGGUGCUGUCCAUGCCUCCAAUCAUUAAUGGUACGUUGAGCCGGCGUUGUGGCUCUGGAGACCUAGACGAUUGUAUCAAACAAUGAUUCAUUAUAGUUAAUAUUCCUAGACAGAAAAUCUGUUGCUUUUUACUUUUUUAAUUUUGAAUGAUUUUUCAAUGUCUAAAUCUUUGAAUUUUUCUAACCUUAUAAAUAUUAUUUAAACAUUUUAAUAUUCUGAGAAAUUAAAUGUAAACUUUAAAUGAUAUGCCUAAUAUUAAAUGUUUCAUUAAAAGUAUUGAAAUAAUUUAUAUAAAUCGCAUUACAGUGAAUUAUGCAUGUAAUAAAUGUUAAACUAAUUAAAUCAGGUCAUGUUUUGUUGAUGCAUUGAAACUGGCCUCGUGGGCCACCAAAUGGACAGUCUGGUGUGAGCCCAUCAGCAAGCAUGGGACUGGAAAUAUUGGAAUAGUUGGCAAUAUUUAAAGUGUAGAGGCUAUCUUGUUAUUUUAAUCAGUAAGAGUUUUCCUCAUGUAUGUACACAUGGCUGAAAAAGUAUGGUGUCAUUUGAUAAAUGUAUAUUGUGACCAUGUUCAGACCUUGUCUACCCAUGCAGGUGAACAUUCCAAGAUCACACUGGAAACUAAGAAUGUCUUCAUUGAAUGUACAGCCACUGACAUGACCAAAGCUACCAUAGUGUUAGAUAUGCUGGUGGCCAUGUUCUCCGUCUACUGUGAGAAACCAUUCAGGUAAGAGUGUACACGACCACAUUGAUCAGUUUUUUAAAGACCGAUUUGUACACGAUCUUAAUGUAUUUGUGUUUAGUCACUUCACAAAGUGAAAUAAACAAUGAGUUUUGUGUAGCUGUUGUACUGAUACAAUGUUGUGUGGCCAACCUUUUUAAUGACAGAAUUUCUAGUAAAGAAUUAAAUUAAUGUAGACGUGAUAAAGAGGAAUGACCAGUGCUAAAUACCUAACAAUUAAUAGCUUGAUUGAAAUGCUAAGAAAGGGUGGCUGAUGAGCUCCUAUACAUAUUUUGUAUUUUUGCGGUGCUCUUUCAGUGGCACUGAAGAACAUUUAAUGUAUCAAUACAUCUGUACUUAAUGUAUAUCUGACAGUGUGGAAGCUGCAGAGGUUGUACAGCCUGAUGGAAGCGUACGAGUGUAUCCAGUAAGUGGUUAGCUUAAGGUGGGUUGGACAUUGUCCAAGCGGUUUAAAGACAUGGUGAAAUGGGAUUAAAAUCUGCUUUGAUCUAUGAGCCAAUGAGAUGGUAUGAUGGAAUAUUGUGACAGGGUGAUGGCAUAUUGUGACAUGAUUAUGGCAUAUUGUACACUAUUGUGACAGGAUGAUGGCAAAUUGUGACAGUAUUGAGAAAGGAUGAUGAAACAAUGUGACAAGAUGUUAGUGUGACUCAAUCAUAAGAUGAUGUGACAGGGUGGUAGAAUUGUGUGUACACAAGUAUUAUAAUAUGAUAGAGGGCACUACUUUGAAACAGGAGGACUCUUAAGACAAGAACUGUUGCUACAGUAUACUUAGUGCAACAUCUUCAGGCAAACGGAAGUGUGUUUUAACUCAUUUGAGCCAGUCCAUUAUGAGGCUGAUGUUGGCAAGUAGAUGUCAGUACAAUAAACUACACGAUGACAAAACGAAGGUCAUACAAGAUACUAUAAUUUUUUUCAGGAACUCCCCUAUAGGACAGAAACAGUAAAUGUUGAUAAAAUUUCUAAGCAAGUUGGAGCAAAGUAAGAAACCUAUUUAAACCCAGACAAUAGCUUUAACAAAAUCAUGUCCACACAGCUUUAAAAAAUUACACUCUUAAUAACUUUACUAAAGCUAUUACAUUUAUAACAGUGUCCUUACUAACUUAUCAUGUUAAUUACAAUGUAUCUUACUAACCGUAUCACAUUUGUAAUAAUCUGUCUGUUAACAAUAUCAAAUUAAAGGUAUUUAUUUUACUUUUUUUAUAAUAUUUUUGUUUACUGAAGUAUUUUUUAAAAGAUAUUUGACAUUUUAAGAAAAAACAUCUCAUUCUGUUUGUCUAGGAUAGAAGCUAAAGAAAUGGCCAGGUUAUUAACAAAGAUGUGUUUAGAAACUGAGGUUUUGCCAGACGGAGCAACAUUGAAAGUCACAGUGCCUCCAACCAGAGCAGAUAUCCUUUAUAUUAUAUGAUUAAUUAUAUCACAGUUUUAACAUUUCAUAGGUACAUCACAGUUUAACAUUUGAUAGGUGUAUACAUCAAUGUUUUAGCAUUUGAUAGGUACAUCACAGUUUAACAUUUGAUAGGUACAUCACAGUUUUAACAUUUGAUAGGUGUAUACAUCACAAUUUUAGCAUUUGAUAGGUACAUCACAGUUUAACAUUUGAUAGGUACAUCACAGUUUUAACAUUUGAUAGGUACAUCACAGUUUUAACAUUUGAUAGGUGUAUACAUCACAGUUUAACAUUUGAUAGGUACAUCACAGUUUAGCAUUUGAUAGGUACAUCACAGUUUUAACAUUUGAUAGGUGUAUACAUCACAGUUUUUGUUUUCAUAAAUUAUCAUUACAGCUAAAUAUUGUUUAUUGAGAUUUUUUUUUUUUUACAGUUGUGAGAUAACCAUAAAUUGUUUAAAUUUGAGACAAAGUUCCAGAGACUCUAUUUCCUCUGUCACAAAAACUGUUGUCAUUGUAAGCUCCUUAACAUUGAGUAAAUAUUCUACACCAGUGUGACAUCAUGGAGGACGUUGCUAUUGGUUACGGUUUUAACAACAUCAAAAAAACUAUCCCGGACACCAACUGUAUAGCUGAGCAGGUGAUAUGAAAGAUUUACUCUUACAUUAGUACCUUGGUGAACUGUUUAGAACUGCAAUUGAUAUCAAACAUUGUGUCACCAACUGUAUAGCUGAGCAGGUGAUACGAAAGAUUUACUCUGACAUUAGUACCUUGGUGAACUGUUUAGAACUGCAAUUGAUAUCAAACAUUGUGUUAUAGGGAUGAUAGGUGAUUGUUAAUCCACAUUGGUGUGCUGUGUUUGAGAAAAUAAAGGAUGUCAGUAGUCCAUAAAAACAUGACCUGUAUGUAUUUGUUGGUAAGAACAUUUGAAUGUUCAUACAAAAAGAAAAAGAAAGCAUUUGAAACCAAACAAAACAGAAAAUUGAGGAAGUCUAAAUGAGUCCUCCAAUGGUUGAAUCAGGAAUCAGUAUGCAUGCAUAUACAACACUAUAGUCAGAGGCCAGACUUAUUAAUGUCCCUACCCCUUUUACAGAGCAGAUUUAUUACAAAAAUAUCUAUAGCCCGCCAAACAAUGGCAGCCCCAAUGGAUGAACAUCUCAUCUAAUAAAGUGAGUUGACAAAACAUGCAUUCAAGUAACGCACUUUAUAAGAAUCCCAAUUUGCGCCCCCCCCCCCCCCUCUGUAACUGCACACUAUUUUUUUUCCACGCUGCUUUUUAACUAAAUAAAUGUAUGUAACUUUUUAAUUUCAUCUUUAUUUUUGGCCAUAUUUUUAUGUGAUGCGCCAACCCUAGGCUGGGGUAGCACGCUAUUUAAGACUACUGUUAUAAUAAUAAUCUAAUGUCCCACCACCUUUAUACCGCAGAUUUAUAACACAUUUAAUUUGAGACUUUCUGUAAAAGAAAAGAAUAUAUAAUCACAAAACACACUUGCAAUAUUUUUAUGAAUCUAAUUUAGCACAGUUAUCUGGAAUUUUAUUAAGUGAAAAUCUGGUAGUAUUAGUGACAUUUUUACAAAGAGAAUUAUGUGUUUUGAUUGUGCCUUUAAAAAAAAUAUUUUUGCCCAUAGAUUUAAGUGACUUAGCAAAUGUGCCCUUCAUGUAAAGUAUUUCUCAAAUUACUAAAAUGGCUUUGUUCUGUCUUCUCAGUUUCCUAUCAACAAAUUAACUGACCUGCUUAGGAGAGAUGUGGCAGCCUGUGGAUUUACAGAGGUUCUCACAUUUGCCUUGGUAAGGAAAAAGUACUUGAAACUCAAUUUUUUUAAAUUUUCUUAUAAUGUUUAUUUUGGAGAUGGUUUGUUUCUUUUAGGAAUCACAUUCAAAUGCUUAUAUCUGUGUUACACAGAAGGCUAGAGAGCUAUAUUAAAAUGAUUUUUCACGCAUCAUAAUUAAAACAAGAAAAUUGUACUAAAAAACUAUUUUUCGUGUUACAUUCUGUUUGGCCUCUAUCUCAUUGUGGUUGUCACUCAGGAUAGAAGAAGGCAGGUUUAGGGAAACUGUUUUGAUAGAUUUUUAUGACAGCAGUAUUUAAGAAUAUAUUAAUGGAAGCUAAUGGAUGAGGUCUUGGUUUAAUCAACGUUUUAAUCUGGGUAGUUAAAAUAAUUAUAAAAGCAGGAUAAUCUAACUUUUUUUUUUAAAUGUACAUUUUUUUUUAGUUUUCUAAAGGUUCAUUUCACUUUUUUUAAGUUGUGGAGGCUCUAGAUAUUAAAAUAAUUAUUGGACAUUUCGUGAUACUUAAAAUGUAAUGAAAAUGAUGUUACAUCCCUUUAGUAAUUGUUUCCCCUUUGAUUUCAGUGCUCUAGAGCUGACAUAGCUGAUAAGUUGGGCAAGCAGAUUGAAGACUUAAAAGCAGUUCAUAUAUCAAACCCUAAAACAGCAGAGUUCCAGGUGAGUGAGGAUCAAUAUCAAAUGUCUGAGCCUUUGUCCCAUUUAUUAACAAAUGGUCAAGUCAUGUAUGACAUCAGCAGUGAUGGGAAGACAACUGGCACCAAAUUGGGGACAAUAUUUUCACUGGCACGGCAACUUGCACCAAAUUUGGGGCGAUAUUUGCACCGCAAAUUCACCUCACCCCACCCUCCAAUUUACUUGAAUAACAUUAAUGGCAAAUGUUCUAUCAUUGCUAUUUGCUUGAGUAAAUAUUUAACAGAGUUAAUUUCAGAUUUGUUAAAAUGGCCCUACUUUAAAUUCAAACUUACUGCUACAUGUAUAUAAACAAUUCUUCUCACAAACAGUAACCACAAUAAAUGUAUUCAAUUUUUCACUGUUUCAAGUGUCAUUUUUAAGUACUAGCAACAAGAUGUGGAUGGAGGAUAUUGAUGUGUUAUUUCAGAUUCUCUUACACACAAACUAUGUAUGACAUACGUAGUGGAAAAAUAGAAUGUGUACAAUGACCAGAAAAAGCUUCUUCUCUUAAGAGCACUUGUCAGGGUUUUUUUUUAAUAAAUUGACAACAUAUUCUAAGCCCACCUGUUUUCUACUGCUUAGAUCAUUGAUCAAAAGUACUCAAUUUGUUUUUUCACAAAUUUAGGUAGCUAGAACAACAUUGUUGCCAGGCAUUUUGAAAACAAUAUUCCACAACAAAAGUGUUCCCCUGCCUCUUAGACUUUUUGAAAUUUCUGAUGUUGUGCACCAAGACCCUUCCAAAGGUGAGUCUAAAACCAACUUGAAUUUCAAGGAUAGAAAGACUUGAACCUCAAAUUUCAUCUUAUAGGAAUACUGAUAUAUUAUACUUUUGGUAAAUAAACAUUAGGGGAUAUGCCAAAUGUUGAAUGAAGAGGGUGACAUGGAAAAUAUUAGGCAAAAAUUCACAGAAAUUAAAAUGGUUGCCAACAAUUUGUUCAGGUUAAAAUAUAUGUUGCACAUUGCAUCUCAAACUGUAUGUCAGCAACCCCUCCCAAAUGGCAUUCAAGCCAGCGAGGAAGGCAAAAUUACAAGUAAAACUUCCCAGAAAUUAAUUAACAAUUCUACUUGCUGUUUAACACACCUCCCAGUUUUUAAAAAAAUUAUAUUAAUCUAUACAGAAAUCUGAUUAUGAAUAAAGCAAUUUUUAUCAUUUCUUCUUUUGGACUGACAUUUCAUGAUUUCUUCUAUAUAUUAAGGGCCCACUAUCAAUUUAUUGAUUUUUCUGGCUCCUAUGUAUGUAGAGAGGAUUUGCAAUGUUUCUGUGCCUGGUGUUGAAGAGGAUAUUUCACGGCUGCAAGGGCUACUCAAAGAGGGAUAUCAUGGGGGGGGGGGGGGGGGGGGAGGGGUGGCUGGAAGGCUUGAGGCUAUAGACCCAAAUGUGUCUAGUGUUGUUGCCUCAACUGUUCCUUUUGGAAGCUUGUUCCAGUCCCUGAUUGUCUUUGGCUAAUAAAUGGAAAGCCAUUCUAAAUUCAGAAUUAUUUCACUUGCAUGUCUGAAUGUACUUAUACUUGGUAAUUAUGUGAUAAGAUUAACUUGUUGUGGAUGGCUCUACUAAAACUGAGAAUAGGAAAUGUCCUUUGUAACUUGUAUGGAAUGACAAAUCAGUUUGUUUCUGAUAUAAUCUAACAAGUCAAUAUUAUAUUAUGUAUAUGUGUGUAUAUAUAUAUAUAUAUAUAUAUAUAUAUAUAUAUAUAUAUAUUAUAUAUAUAUAUAUAUUUUUUAUAUAUAUAUAUCUCUCUAUAUAUGAAUAUUAUGUAUAUGUGUGUAUAUAUAUAAUAUAUAUAUAUAUAUAUAUAUAUAUAUAUAUUAUAUAUAUAUAUAUAUUUAUAAUAUAUAUAUAUAUCUCCCUAGAUGUAGGAGCUAGAAAUGAGAGGAGACUCUGUGCCAUCAACUACAACAGGUCAUCAGAGUUUGAGGUCAUCCAUGGCCUGCUGGACAGAGUCAUGCAACUAUUAGAAGUGCCGUUUGGUGGUCCAGAUGGUUACGAACUGGAAGCAGGAGAUGGUAGGUUGAGUCUCCAUUCAUCAUGACUAGACAUUUCUCAUUUUUAUUUCUUAUCUGGAUUUUAAUUUUUUAACAGUUUCAAUAUUGGCACCACAUAUAUGUCAGUUUUGAAAAUUAUAGUUUGUUUUAAUUCAUGGUUGUUUUUUUUUAUUGCUAGAAGAAAUGUAAAAUGAACCUAAGAAUGAGUGAACCUGAGAUUGUUUCUUUGAUAAGUUCUGUGUGAAAUAUUGGUUUUUAUUUUUAUAUUUCUCAAGAACUGUAUUUUUUCAACAGAUUCAGCUUUCUUCCCUGGACGUUGUGCCAAAAUUGUGGCCAGAGGUCAGGUCAUUGGUACUCUUGGCGUCCUUCACCCAGAUGUCAUCACAAAGUUUGACCUCAACAUGCCUUGUGCUGCCAUGGAGAUAACCAUUGAACCUUUCCUAUAAACAAAUUAUCUUAGAAUAGUCUGUGUUUUUAACAUUUGCUCUACAUCCAUUUACUGUGUGAAAUAUUUAAUAACCUCCAACUAUGAUGGUAUACAUUUUUAUCUCAUUCUAAAUGAGACUAAACCUUUGAAUGUUUCUAUUGAUCAUUUUAAAAAAGAUUAUUUUCUGAAAUGUUAGUAGAUUUAAUUUGAAAGUGCAUUAAGAUCAAAAGAAUACAAGGUUAAUGUUGAUUGUUUGUUUUUUUUAACAUUUAAAAAAUGUCUAUGGGAAAAAAAUGUGUAUUUUUGGUAUAACAAUGUUGUUGUGUUUUUCAUGAACAGAGAUCAUUCUAAUCUGUUGGCAAUGGUUAAUGGGAUAAACUCAGUUAAACUGUAAUAGAAUAGACUCAUAGUGAACCUGUCAUCACUGUUAACACACAAAAAUCUUCUUUUAUAAAUGCACUGAAUAAUGCUAUCUAAUACCAUUUUAUAAUGUAUCUCACUUUAUUUACAAAUAUUCAGUAGUUAGCUUUCCUUUAUGUUUUCUCUUAUACAAUAAUCGAAAGUGUUUUUAUCAAUAAAUCAGCUUUUUCUUUUAUAGAAUUAUCUCUCAAAGUUUGUUAUUAAGAAUGACAUGCUCUUCCUAUUUUAAAGUUAGAAAAUUAAGUUGAUAUGUUAAGAAUUGUUAGUUUUUUUAAAUCCCAAGUUAUCAUUUAUUUUCCUUUAACAAAAAAAAAAUACAAUUAAUUUUUUCAAAACUACCAAAAGAAAACAGCACAGCAUUUAACCUGUGGCAACUCUUACCUUGUCAUAUUUCAUCAAACAUUCUUUAACAUAUCUAAACUAAAUUUUAUUAUUUUCCAACAGUACAUUUAUUUGCAUAUUUACUCAAUUGUAAUUUUAACAUUGCUUUGUUUCCAUAUAACUGCAGGUUAUUAAAAUUUCCAUUAGAUGUGUCUGGCUGUAUCACCUGGAAUGUUUCAGUUUUGUUCGUUCAAUAAAUUAUCCACAUGCCAAUAAUAUCAGCCUUGUGUGUGUCAUGUUUGUAAUUUAUGUCAUUGUGGGUAAACUUAUUUUGCAUUAUGACAACAAAGUCAAAUUGUGACACAUAUUUCAGCUGGACAUUUACACAUUAAAAAAGAGUGCAAUACAGCACCAUGAAGACAUGUCGAAAACCCCAUGUAUUGCCUAGUCAUGUGACUAUUUUAGCAGAUCAUAAUAAAUUGAACAAUACCAAAACAAACAUACAUAUUGUGACAAUUUGUAUUGCAAUGUUAAUUAUUAUGUUGCAUUUUAAAACAAAAAACCUGCAAUAAAAUUUAUUAUAGGUAUAAAAUUAACCUUUGUAAAGGAAUAAUUAGAAGUCAUGAAUCAGCAUGGUUAUCCUUUGAUCAUGAAUGAUCAUUGUCUAUGCAAGCUGCAGAUGUCUAACACCGUUUGAAAUAUUGUGUCAUAGCACCUGCAAAGGAUGUAGUUACCUGAAACAAAAAAAGUUCACAAUUCAUCUCAAUCUCAGUAAGAGAGCACCCGGUAUAAAGCAUUCUAAUAUUUGUUUAAACAUUAUAAUAAUAGUUAUUUAAAAUUGUCAUAUUCCAAUGUACACUCAUCGCAUGUUUUAAUUUACUUUUUUUUAAAAAAUCAAAUUUAACACAUUUAAUUAUUUCAGUUACUUUUUCAAUAAAGUA